AGUUGUCCUGCCUCUUUGAGAAGAAAUCAGAGUAAGAGAAGGAAGGCAACUGCCCUUAUCCUAGCACCGAUUUCCCACUUUUCCAGUUCACUGCUUCAGGAAAAAUGUCCUAUCAGGAGACGCUCCCUUCCCCAGCACAAACACCAGUUCCCACAGCAGCUAUGGCCAAUGGUAUGGAUUCAGAUGGUGAGCAGGUGGUGCCAGAUGAAGAAGGGCCUGAUGUGAAAGCAGUGCAAGCCCACUAUCUUCGAAGUCCUUCACCCAGCCGAUACUCGGUGAUAUCAGAUACAGACACUGAGAGCAUCUUCAUGGAGCCCAUCCAUCUAUCAUCUGCCGUGGCUGCAAAACAGAUCAUCAAGGAAGAAUUAAAGACAAAGGAGGUAAAAGUAGAUUCCGUGUGUCCAGGAAUGCUUGAAUCUGCAGAGCAACUAUUGGUAGAAGACCUGUACAAUCGGGUCAAGGAAAAAAUAGAUGACACCAGCUUAUUCAACACACCUUGUGUCAUGGAUUUGCAAAGGGCACUUGUGAAAGACCGUCUUGAAUCUCCAAGGGAUGCUAUUGAUGAGGUCUGGCCAAAUGUCUUCAUAGCAGAAAAGAGUGUUGCAGUGAAUAAGGGUCGCCUAAAGAGACUAGGAAUUACACACAUCCUUAAUGCAGCUCAUGGCACUGGUGUGUACACCGGACCAGACUUCUACAGUGGCAUGGAUAUCCAGUACCUGGGCAUAGAGGUGGAUGAUUUCCCAGACAUGGACAUCUCUAAACACUUCCGCCAAGCUGCUGAGUUUCUUGAUGAAGCACUGUUAACCUAUAGAGGGAAAGUUUUGGUCAGCAGUGAAAUGGGAAUCAGUCGCUCAGCUGUGCUAGUUGCUGCUUAUCUGAUGAUCUUCCAUCACAUGACAAUCUUAGAAGCCUUGAUGACAAUACGUAAAAAAAGGGCCAUUUAUCCAAAUGAUGGCUUUCUGAAACAGCUCCGGGAGCUCAAUGAAAAGUUAUUGGAGGAACGACAAGAGGAAGGUGCAGAAGAUUCUGAUGACUCAGCUGGUAGCCAAAGUUCUGUUCUUAGAGCUGGCAGCUGUUCCUUGUUAUCUGGUAGAGAAGAUUCUGGGAGUAUUAUGGGAGCCAAAGCCCAUUCUAUCACAGUUGAGGAAGAAGACACAACAAGCCUCCUGGGAAGUGUAAUGAGUGCUUCUUCAAUUGGAAAAUCAAGCUUGGUUUCUAAACAGCCUACUCUUAUCAGUGAAGAAGAGGAAGAAGAGCUCUAUGAAGAAUGGAGGAAGAAGCAAGGUUUGCCUGCAAGGAACCUUUCCAACAAGGAUGGAGAAAGGAAAUCUUCAGACCUUACUUUUCAGUUGCAGGAGAAAUCUGAGGAUGAUACAGGUCAGAUGAUACAAGAGUGGCAGUGCAGAAAUGAGAAGUACCAGAUGGAAAGCUACUUGUUUGCCAAGGAAGAAGAGAGAGAAUCUAGCAUAGGGGAAAGGCCAUGCCCCAUAAAUGAUGCAAGUGAUGCUGAAAGUGUGAGUAGCCAAGAGAUCAGAAUAUUGAAACAGCACCUGGAAGCAAGUGGUAUUAACAGAAUGAGGAGAGGACGCACAGAUUCUAUGUCUACAGAAAGCAGCUGGGAUAUGUGGAAUGAGAGGAUGAUGGCAAUAGAAAAGGAAGCUGCUCAGAGAUAUUGUUCCAGAAGGAGACAUGGUGAUGAGAAUCUAAUGCAAGAAAAUGGAACAAAGGAAAAGGACCUAGAUGAGGAAAGUGUAUUAUCUGAUGCUAGUACCUUUUAUAAUUUCUGUCAGAAGAACAAAGACAAGUUGACUGCUUUGGAAAGAUGGAAGAUCAAAAGAAUCCAGUUUGGCUUUCACAAAAAAGAUUUGGAAGCCUCUGAGCAAGCCAAAACUGAAGACAGCAGCCAGCAAAGUAAAGAGGAUGCAGAAGAGGAGAAGAACUUGUCUGAAAUCAACUUGACCGCUUAUCAGGCCUGGAAGGCCAAACACCAGAAAAAAAUUGGCAGUGAGAAUAAGGAUGAGAUUGUGGAGCUUGCUAAAGGUGAAGACUCUGUAUCUGCCAAGAGAAAGCAAAAAAGAAUGGAGUUACUUGAGCAUUCAAAGAAACUCUUGGAAGAAAGCCAAUCACUCUGCAGUUGGGAUGCAGAGAGCACAGUGAGUGGAAGUAUCCCAUUGUCAGCAUUUGGUCCAUCAGCAGCAUCUAUAAAUAGUGCAGAGGAUUCUGCUUCAGCAUUGAGUAUGCAGACCAACCGUUCAUCUUUCUUUCCAGCCCAAAGUAGUUGUGGGGCUAUGUCAACUCAUGCAGUAGCAACAAGUGCACCCAACCUGCCCGUUGGGCCAGACAACACAAUAUCAGUAGCCAGUAUUCAGAAUUGGAUUGCAAAUGUUGUUAGUGAAACUAUUGCUCAGAAACAAAGUGAGAUCUUGAUGUUGUCCCGUCCUUCUUCAGUUAUGGGUUCUAGUAUUAAGUCAGGUCAUCCAGUUAGGUAUGUAGAUGAUGACAAGACAUCUUUGCUUAGUUCACAAAGUGGCUUGUCCCUAGCUAGUUCAUUGCUUCACCAAGAGAACCAGUAUGCUGACACUCAGUCCAUCCUGUCUUGUAACACCUUGUUGAGUGGAAGAACAGGAGAAUGCAGCUCAAGCAGGAAAGCCACACAAACCAGCAAACCUCUUUUCAGUCUCUUUGCCGGUGAAGUUGACCUAAAGAACCUUAGCAGAAAAGAAAAGAAGAUGCAAAUGGAAAUGAAAGAGAAAAUGUCAGAUUACCAGACUGAGAAGCUUAUUAGUGAUAAUAAACGUAGCACUUUAUUUAAGAAGAAAAAAUCUGAAGGCUAUGAACAAGAUGAGAAGCCAGAAAAUAAUAUAGGAAACACAAUCAUUGGCAAGUACUCUUUGCAAUCAGAUCCUAAUCGGAGUGACACAGCGUCCAUUCAUUCUGGCCAAUUUGCCAAUGUAGAUUAUGUUGUAAGGUCAGAGGUAGAGAACAAUGUAAACAAGUGGCUGAAAGGUUUGAAAGCAGAUGAAAGGUCCUCAUACCAGGACUGUACAGACACCAGUGGAGAGAAAUACAGGAGAUCAUCCACAUUUAGAGAAACUGACACUGAAGCUUCUAGCUACAGAAUUUCCAGAACUGAAAGAGAAGAAAUAGACAGAUACUCAGCUUAUCAGGGCAAAGAUAACUUGCAAAGAACAUCCUCUGCCACUGCACGGGAAGACAAGGAGGUAUAUACAUUUACACGGUCAAAACAAAGUGAAACAAGUUCCACAGAAGACAGUUCAGAGGCAUAUUUUGACAGAAGAACCCCAGAACAAUCCAGCAGCUCAGAAUCCUCUGGUCCAUCCACACGGAGUCGGGUCAAAUUGCAUCACUUGGAACAGCAUGAGGAGGAAUCCAGUUCAGAUGUGGCUGAAUUUGGAGCCAAGAGAAAAUUCACUCAGAGUUUUGCGAAGUCUGAAGAAAAUGGAGAAGAAGAAAAGUCAGAAGAAAGGAAAGAAUGUUUUUCCUCAAGGCAGUCAUUUAGAAGCAGGCAAAGUACUCGUAGGGAGGAGGAAGAAGAAAUGGAUGAUGAUGCUAUCAUUGCUGCCUGGAGAAAUCGGCAAGAAGAAACUAAGGCAAAGCUCCGACGAAGAAGAGCCGAGUGAUGGGGAGCUGAGUUGAUGCCAAAUCCGUGUCUCUCUCGUUUGAAGGAAAUCUUUUAGAUCUCUGCAAGGACCCUAGACUCAAAUGUCUCCUUUUUAUCACCUUCCACUGUAUUUUAUAUCAUCAUUCUUAGCAAAGCAGUGUUUAGCCUUGCAGAUGUUCUGUUAUUCUUUGUUCCCUGCCAAUAGGGGAGGAUGUAAUCGUGCCCUUCCCAAAGAAAGCAGGUUGUGUGUCAAUAAUGAUCAGUUAUUGAUAAAUGGAAAUGUUUCCAGGGCUAUUUAAGAAAAAUGGCUAGUAUGUAAUCAGGUUUCUGCUGAGCAAAAGGCCCCACCAAUAUAAGCAGGAUAUUGGUGGGAUCACAUACUUGCAUCAGGAUUGUGCUGCUUGUGCAAGCAUAGCUGUUGUGGGAGUAGUGACCUCCAUGGUGAGAACUUGCACAGUGGCAACAUUGCAAGGCCCUGCAUUAUUGUGUUGGUGGGACUUUCUGCUCAAUGGAAGCUUCGUAGGAUACUGGCCGAUGUCUUAUACAAACCAGUAAAUUAAUUAGCACCAACAGUCAGAGUAAGCAUUAUUGACCGAAAUAAUUUGCUACAGAUAUACAUUUUAUUCUGUUUUCUAAAGUAAUUGAAGAUUUUGUGUAAUGUCAUCCUUAAUACUCAAACAGUACAAGCAGCAUUCAGAACCAAUUUGAAAAUGUCACUCUUACAUCUUGCGUACCCCAUUUCCAUGUGGAAAAUAAGAGCGGACUUUUAAUAUUCCAUUCCUUCUGAACCAACAAGCAUUUUCUCUCUCCUGCAAGUAUUAAUACAGAGGAAAUACAGAGGGAAUGAAUGUAAUGUUUGUUCCCAUGACAACGUGUAACUGAGCAAAACAUCCACCAUCAGUUGUAUCGGGAGACUUUCUUAAGGACUUGAAUUUUAUUUGCUAUAAAGGAGGCAAUGCCAGAUGAGAACAUUUUUACCAUUCGAACAGAAUGCUAGGCCUAACCUUAUGAAGAACAUCUUGUAGUGGUCUGUGUUCCUUUUAAAUCCGAAUGUGCCCAGAUUGCUUUUUGGUGUAUGCACAGUGAAGGACAUUGAAACCGAAGUAAAAUAUUCCAGUAAAAAA